AUGCACGCAUGUGCGAUGCCUGCUACGACAUCAUCUACGCCUGCCCCACCACAUGCUCACUCGCUCUGUGUCCGUACACCUCUCCCUGAAGCUAUAUUGGUUUCUACUUUCCCUGUUCGUUUCUGCAGCAGCUCUGGACUCACUCCCCCUGAUAGACAGGCUAUGUUGUCACCGCCACCGCCGCCCUGA